CCGUGUCCCCUGCAGCGACAGGCGGACUCUCAACCACUGCGCCACCGGGGAAGCCCGGGAGCUGGGCUCUCUUAAUCCCACUCCUCAAUCUCUGCCUGAGGGCCACCCAGGGGGAUAGAAACAGCCAGUCCCUUCCAGUUCUCAGCUUUCGCAGUUAAAGUGGUUCCAGGAGCACAAGAGUGGCACCUGCCACCCCCUGGAGCCAAAGAUACAGUGAAGCUGGCACAGAAGUGAUGAAGAGACCAAAGAGCAUCCGGACGUGGGCCAGCAAUGGGGGCCUCAGGUAGAUGAACGAAUAGGCCUAGAGUGUGUCCACAAUUGAUUCUCAAACAGCAAAACCGAGGCAGCCUUCUGGUCUGCAAAUGCUCCCACCAUACCCCUCCUCCAGCCAGACGGGUCUUUUCCUGCUGCCCACACAGGAUGGCCAGCAGAAGCCCCCAACUUUUAUUAAAAUGGAAAAACAAUCUUUGCAUUUCAAAAUUAUGAUUGUACUUUAUUAUUCAUCUUGAGAUUCUUUUUGCAGAACAUCAAAACCAGAUCAUAAUUUUAUGAUGAAAUAUUGAUUAUGCAUCUAUAUUGGUAUGCAGAGCUCCAUGCUAUGUAGAUAGAACACCCACCCUGUAAUAUCUUCCACUUGUCAAUAUGAAGAUGGAUGUUCCCCCAGGCAAGUUUUAAUAAAAUACUUGUGUUGAUAUAAAAAGACAUUGAUGCCAAUGCAAAUCAAUACCUGCUUAUUGGUUUGGGUCUCUUCUCCUCCCCGCAGCAGCCGCUCCAAGAGGGGCUUCCAAACACCAGUAGCUCCCUGCCAGUUUGCAUAUUUCUUCAUUACACCACGUGAGUGGGAAAUGUCAAGGGAAUGCGGACUGGCAGGGGGCUGCCCACACCCGCUCCUGAACCGAAUCGGGAAGGGAAUGAAAAUAAAAGCAAACAGCCUGUAAACAAAUCUGAGAGACACUUUAUUACUGUCAUUAGCAAUGCGCUUAUCCUGUCUCGCUUUCAAAAGGAGUAAUAUUUAAACAGCAGAGGAACCAAGAAUCAUCUCCAUCCUUGUCAGGUUCUCAGCAUACGACAGGAACUAGGUCUCGCCUUGACUGUGGGCAUCUGCCGUGUCUGCCUGCCCAGCACUUACUGUCACCUGAAACUCCAUGUAUUUAGAACUCUCUAAGAAUCUCAUUUAUUCUCUGCCUUCCCCGCAAUGAAGUAAGGUCCCAAGGGGCAGAGCUUUUUGUUUGUUUACUGCUGUAUUUCCUAUGUCUGGAUGCUGAAUUAAUUUCUUUCUGCUUCAUUCAUUCAUCCAACAAAUUGAGCAACUACUAUAUGACACGACUCUACUGGGUUCUUGGUGAACAAAACAUUGUUCCUGGUGAAAAAACAUUGGCCAACAAAACAGACAUUCUAGUGGGCUAGAGGACAAUAGAGAUAAUAAAUAUACAGGAAGUUAGAAGGCAGUAAAUGCUAUGGAGGGGGCAGAGGACGUGCAAAGUAAGGACUGGGAAUGCUGGGGAGAUGGAUUCUGAUUUUAAAUCGGGUGGUCAGGUGCAGCUUCAGAAGGUAGCUUUGAGCAAAGCUUUGUAGGAGGUAAGGGAAUGAGAUACACAGCCAUGGAGGGGAGGGGUUAGGGAUUUCCAUGCACUUGGAAUAGUGCAGAUAUCCUAGGGCAAGAGUAUGCCUGGUUUAUUUCAGGAACAGAAAAAAGUGAGUGGCUAGAAUGGAGUGAGUAAUGUUUGGACAAUUGAAGUAGAGGGGUGAUGCUGAGGCUUCUAGGGGCCACCUUGCCCCUAACAGCUGCCGUAUGGGAGACCCCAUGUGAAGAAUAAACAGUCACACAGAGCCCCCUGGAUCCAGCCACACCUGAAGCAACUUCUACCCAACAUCUUUUCUGUGCUUGAGCCAAUAUAUUCCCUUUUUAAAGUCACUUGUAACUGAAAGAGACCUGAGAAAACAGUCUGAAACCAAGCGACUAGGACGUUUGAGUUACUGUGCCGAUGGUGGGUCUCAAAGAUACCAGCCGGCUGGCUGUGGGACAAUGGGAGAUCCAGCCUGGGAGGGCGAGGCCUGGAAGCCAUCUGUGCAGGGGAGGCCUGGAUAGCUGACAAGUGAGAAGGAGUCUUUCAAAUUUGCAAUUUUCAAGUGUCAGAAGGAUGUUGUGCCGCUCCUCUGACACUCGGCAUCUUAGGCAGAUUCUCCCUGUUUCCAUCAACACAUCUGCUGUGUGAGGUACAGCCUUUGCACUCACAUGACCCAGAACCCACAACUGAGAAUGAGAACUCAAGGUGUUAGUUUGUCCAACAAGUCACAUUCAAAGGACCAGACAGGCCCUUCUUCCUCAGUUACCAAAGUUGACAUAAUACUUUCAAAGGAUUCUAUUCAAUUCAACAGGUGCUUUGAACAGCUGCUCUUCAAGAUGCUGGGGAGUCAGAAACACACAACUUGGCCUGUCCCAUAAAAGAUAAUCUAGUGGGUGAGGGGCCCUUUAAUUCAUUUCAUUCACAUUUAUUCCAUGCUAAAGGCAAGACACUAGGUGCUGGGGUAGAAACUCCCAAAACAGGAGAAGGACAGACAUUCGCAUGUGAUACUGGUAUGUGAUCACCCCACCAUUAUUCAUUCAGCAAACUUGAAGUCGGUACUUCCUGUGCACCCAGCACUCUUAGGCAUUAAGGAUGUAGCAAAAGCAAAUGGGCAAGAUCCCAGUUCACGUGGACUUUAUGUCCUAGUGGAGCAUGACGAUAACAAAGUGAAACUAAUCUUUUAAAGAAAGGAUGACUUCUGAAAUUGUUAAGUGCAGAGAGGAAAAUAUAUCAGGAAAAUAUAUUCCAAUAGAGAGAUACUGGGGAGUAUGGGGCAAGAUGGAGAGGUCCGGGAAGGCUGAGCUGAGCCCACAUGCUGGGAAGGAGCCAGCCUGCAGAGAUGCAGGGGGAGUGCUGUAGGCAGAGGGAAUGAUGGGUGCAAAGGUCUGAGCAGAACAGGCUUGGUACACCUGAGGACCAGACUCAAGGCUGUGUGGCCAGAGCUUAGCCGGUGACGAGGAGAGAUGGGAGAUGAAGUCAGGGUGAGUGGGGCCAGAUCAUGAGGGGUUCGGGUUUUAUCCUAAGUGCCGACACCUUUAUUUCAGGGUGAUGUUGGCAUACUCCCACUCAGAUAAAUUAACGUUCUCGCCUUGACCAAUCAUUCGGGUAGAAACAAGAAAUGUACCCAGCAAUGCGAAAAGAGGAGGGUUCCGCAGUUUCUCAAGAUCCAGACAAUGGCACCUUGUGUUUGUUUUGUUUUAAAGAGAAGGAAGUCUGCAAAUAAACAGAACCCAAGACUGAAAGUAAAGGGGCCACAAUAGAGGAGGGAACCACACAACGCACGUCACAAAGUGAACAGCAAGACGAAGGCAGGAGCAGUUCAUCCCAGGCGAGGGACUUGGGAAGGAGUGGGUGACCCCCCAGAGGUGGGAGAGAUGUCCCCGCUCUGGAGGCAGCAACAUGGGAUGGGGGUGCAGCGAGCUGGCCAGGAGGAUCAGGGUAAACGUUGGGGCUGAGAGUGAGGGAGGAAAGCUGGGUGCUGGGAGCAGAUUUAAAGUUAAAUGGCUGCCGUAGACCUUGUGUAGCCCUCUAAGCUUCUGUCCUUCUUGCGGGGGCUUCAGUCCUGGGCCCAGGGGAGACGUCACUAGGCCUCUGCUCUGCAUCUGGGCCGUGGCAGCGUCAGGCUGCAGGAAGGACGAGGUCCCAGGCUUACAGCAAAUCACACACCUAGUCCUUGGCCGCGCCUGCUGUGUUUUUGGCAGUUGGAAACGCAUGAAAGAAGUUCAUUUUUCUGGGGCUUCCCUGGUGGCGCAGUGGUUGGGAGUCCGCCUGCCGAUGCAGGGGACACGGGUUCGUGCCGCGGAGCGGCUGGGCCCGUGAGCCAUGGCCGCUGAGCCUGCGCGUCCGGAGCCUGUGCUCCGCAACGGGAGAGGCCACAGCAGUGAGAAGCCCACGUACCGCAAAAAAAAAAAAAAGAAGUUCAUUUUUCUGUAGCAGCUACUGUGAUGAAGCAGGGAGAAGCGACUGGAAAGGUCAAACAUGCCCUUCACCUACUCAGCUCAUAAACCCGGGGAGAGACCGAGCCCUGAGCCUUUGGGAGGAGAGUAAACCCUCCGCUGUGCCGAGGCUGCAGAGUUGGAGUCAGGGUCGGUGCGUCCUGGGGGAGACCUCCUCCUGUUCUAGCUCACCAGGCCCUCUGGCUGAGCUUUCUGUACAGGGUGGACAAGGAGGAGAUGUGCCUCUAGGGUUCCAAGGCCAGGUGCCUUAGAGAGGCAGGUUAGGGUUGUGGUCAAGAGAACGGGCUCUGGACUCGGAAUGCCAUCAGUUCAAAUCCAGAAUGGCUGUCAUCCUAACUUGAGGGUGACACCGUUGAGGCUGAAACCAACCAAUAAGAUAUUACAAAAGGAGGCCAGCAGCGUGAAGGAGGCCGUUCCUUCACCAUACUAAGAGAAGCUUCACUGAACCGCAGAGCAGGUAAGAAGUGCAGCAGCUUGAAUGUCUCAGGUGGGUUCCCUGGUAGCAGGCACGAGUGGGGGGCAGAGCCCAAAGGUAAAGCGUUAGUGGAUGGCUUCCAGCAUUAUCUGGGAUGGAGAGGGGUUUCCACUCCUGAAAGGGCCUGGAUAGCCCUUUCUAGGAAGUUUUAUCCCAAUAGCCAUCAUAGUUUGAAGACAAUGUCAUUAAAACUAUGAACUCCCUAACUCUAGUUCUAUGCCCACCAAGCAUCCUUCUUAUUUCAAAUUAGCUUCCUAUUUAUGUGCGAGAGAGAGCGUGUUGACAGAAAGAGGACGAACUGACUAUUUCUCUUGGUGGGCAUGUUUUCAUUAAUAAACCAACUUUACAGCCUCUCUCUCUCUCUCUCUCUCUCUCUCUCUCCCCCUCUCUCCCCAUCUCCCAGACGAGCAUUAAGCCAAACACUAGGGGAUGUCCCUACUGUUCCGACCCCCAAGGUACAUAUUGCUUUCCCACAACCCCCUCUCCUCCUCUUCUCCUGUGCCCACUGUGCUCCACCCCUCCUGGUAUAUCAGAGCUCAACAGAGUCAGGUCAGAGCUUGAAGGAUUCUGAGAGCCCACUGAAAGCAAUGACUCCUGCACUGAGGUUCACAGAAGUAGCAUUGGGUCCUGUGAAUUCUUGGCAAAAAUUCAGAAAACCUAAGGGAAUCCACACAUUAGCCGAUAAUGAGACCACACAGACUAACUACAGCACCAGCUACUUCAUUAAACUGGGAAGCUUAAUACUGUUUCUAUCACACAAUCGCUCCUAAAUGUCUUUUAUUAAUAAAAUUGGGGAAGUGAAUUAGUUAUUCCUUAAUAAGUGCAGAGUGUUUAGUUGGCAAAACCUUUACAAAGAAGAGGAUCCACGAGCGGUGAGAAUACUAAAAGCUGUCCUUGUUCUAUGGGGUCAGAAAAGCUGAGCUGCCACCCGCCCCCCUCACCAUUUUACAGGUGAAGAAAGGGGACACAAAAAAUACUUUUCCUCAAGUUUCAAAUUUCCACUUCCCUUAAACUCUUAGAAUAUUCUGUAACCCUUUAUAGCCUAUAGCAGCUAGAAUCAUGAGGGAUAGUCUCUCUAGAGUCUGUUUCCUUUUUCUGAAUUCACUCAAACCUCAGUGGAUGAUAGAUCUGACCCUUGAAGUCAAUAUUACACAUAAAUAAGAAUCAACCUCAGUUCACCUACUAUUCUUGGUGGGAGGGGAGGGAGGGAAGGAAGUGGUUCAGUAAUUUUUAAGUGGGGGAGAAGGGUGUAAAAUGACACUCCUACUACACCAGUAGUUUCUCCACAUUAUUUAAUCUUCACAAUAAUCUCAUGAAGAAAGUAUAAUUUUCCAUUUCACAGAUAAGAAAACUAACAUUUGGAGAGGUUAAAAGACUUUCCAAGGGAACAAAUGUUUAGAAGUAAAGCGCAGUUCUAGUGUUUAAGUCCAAGUUCAUUCCAUAACGAGGCUCUAUAAACGCCACUGGCUUCAGCACCAUGGACAGAGACAGAGCCCCCAGAGUCUUCACUGGGAAAGGACGGGGGGGGGGGGGGGGGGGGGGCAGAGAGGGUGGGAAGUUGGGUGCUGAGUCCCAGGGAAGAACUCUAACUACAGAAAUGCCUGAACAAAUAGGAAGGGGCCAGGGCCAAGGAAAGAGCUAUUAUCAUCAUAGUCUCUUCACAUCUGCAUCAAACUCCUCUUUUGAGAAGCAUUUUCUAUCCUCCUACCAACUACUUAAGCUAGAACAAGCAUUGUCAUCUGUAAAAUGCCAUUCCCAGACUGCCACCCAGAGUUCUCAUAAAACACAGAUGAAUCAAUGGAUGGAAAAGUUAUCUGAAAUUCAUAAAAAUUCACUGUUAAGGAAACAGCUGUAGGAUUGGGAUUCCCCCAAUGCCAGUGACUUAACACAAUAGACAUUUAUAUCUGGCUUGUGUAAAGCCCAGACAGGGAUUCCUGAUAGCCAUGAAGCUUGCCUCCAAGAGUGAUUCUGGUACCGGGUACCCUGGGGUCCUUCCUCCUUGUGGCUCUGACACCUUCCAACAUGGCUUCCUGUGUUUAGGUUCCUGUGUUUAUCGAGCUAAAAGGAAAAAUCAUGAAGAAUAUCCAGGGAGAUUUUUAUAAGCUGAGUCUGGAAAUGGCAUACAUCACUUCUCGCAUUUUAUUGAUUAGAACCCAGCUCAUGGCCACACCUACCUACAAGAGGGGAUAGGAGGUGUGGUCUAGCCGUGGGUACAGGAAGACGAGGAGAUGAGUUUAGAUGAACACAGAGCAGUUUCUCGCUCCUGUGCAAAGCUAAGUUGUCACAAUCACAUGAUUCUUAGCCCCACUUGAGAGCUUGAAAGUGGGAAUAAACUAAGGACAAACCAUGUUAAAUAUCUUGACUCCUGGGCUUCUACUGGAUGAAUUCCACAUGUGGAUAAUCUUGGAUUCCCUAGCUGGGCAUCUUGUGACCUCCAUGGUACAAAAGCAGGGGAAAUUAUUACAAGCUAGAGCUGUUAGAUCAUUAGAUCCCCCAGGAAGAUAUGUAUAUCUAUAUAGAUAGGUAGGUAGACAGAUAGAUGAUAGAUAGAUAGAUGAUGAUGAUGAUAGAUAGAUAGAUCUACACUCCUGGAGAUUCUAAUUCAGCUACCUGGCAUGGACCUGGGAUGUGUUUUUAACCACAGGGAUUUUUCAGGACUCUUUCAGUUGCAAGUGGCAGAAAUCCAACACACAUGCUCUUAAGCAAGACAGGAAAUGCACUGGUUCAUGUAAUUGUGCCAGAGAUAGGAUUAAUUUGGGUCAUGGCUGGAUAUAGUUUCAAACAGUCUCAUUGGGACACCCCAGCUCUCCAUCUCUUACCUGAUCUCUUCAGUAGAGGAUCCAUUUUCAGGCAAUCUCUCUUCAUGGGUCAAGGUGGCCACCAGCAGCUCCAGGCAUACUUUUUUAUCCACAGUCCCAAGAGAACACUGCUCUUUCUCAGGAAAAGUUCCAUAAUUUAUCCCUUUGGAACUAAUUGUUCUAGCCUGGAUCACAUGCCUAUCCCUAAACCAGUCACUGUGACGUGAAAAAUGGAUCCUCUGACUGUCCACGUCAUGAGCCUGGGUCAUGAGCCCGCCCUGAAUCUGGGGGUGAGGUCCGAGCCAUACCACACACAUGGACUAGUUUGAGGCGGGGGUGGUUCCCCAGGGACAACCAGAGUGUGAUCCCCUGAAGAGGGGGGGACAGGGAAUGGGUGCUGGGCAAGCAUCAGCAACAGAGAUUCUCAUGCACUAGGCUAUGGGGGGCUUUGAGAGAUGUGGGAGCCCUGACCUUCAUACUCCCCACAGGGCUGUGGGCAGGUCCCUCAGACCUGCAGAGAGGUCUCUGCUCACCAAGCUGCCUGAUGCCUUCCAUUCCUACUCCGGAAGCCUGUUGAGUACUCUCUACAUUGAACACAUGAAACUGGCAUGACCCUCUGGGCUUCCUUUGUCACAGGACAGGAGUGUACCAGACCCCUUCACCCAGACCCUCUCAGCAGCCCUAAACCCAACAGGCUUGGCCCUCUUCCCAAGGCCAAGUGCUCGGUUGCCAGCGGCACCAAGGACUCCAGCUGAUGGUGACUUUAAGCAGAGGUUUAUGACCUGAGGCCUCUGGGCAACAAAGAACCCACAAACCCCUCAAUCUGAAGUCAACACUCGAGUGUAUGUACAUAAUGUGUGUGCAUGCUUCUCUCCACCUGGGGGAAAAAAAAAACCCCACAACUUUCAUCAAGUUACCCAAGGAGACAUCCUAAAAAGACUGAAAACCACGAGUGUCAACGAUGGCUUCUCUGGGCACCUGCUUCAAGUAUUUAACGGCGAAGUUUCAUGGACCAUAAUACGCAUUCUGGAGAAGCAGGGAGCCACAGGCCCACUUGAAAUAUUCUUAGAUCAAUGUUUCCCAGAAUGGGUUCCUUGGAAGAUGGAUUGAUGUGAUCUUAUGUCUAAUGAAAGGAACACAAACAUUUCAUGUUCAAAUAAGUUGGGAAAAUGCUGAACAUGACCUCAUGGGUUAUCCAUCUGGGAACCCCCGGUCCUCAGGGCUGUAUGUUUGUGGUGGUGACUUUGAGUUUGUGCUGCUGUAAAGAGGUCUGGCGGCAGCAAGCAACUGAAAACUUCAAAAAGGGGGCGAUACUUAGAAGAACUCAUUCUCUGUUCUUUGCCUGAGUUAGAACAAACAGGGUGCCAGUAUGUUUGCUAGACCCCCCGGCAUCUCUGGAUGUCUGUGAGCUGUGGAGUGGCAGAGGGGAAGAGUGAGGGACUGGAGUCAGCACGCCCUGGGAGGGCUCGUGACUCUGGCACUAACUGGUUGCGCAGUUCAGGCGUGGACUUGACCCCUCUGAACCUCAGCCUGUGAUCUGUAAAAGGGUUUGAUGUGAGGAUAGAGUGAGAUCGUGUAGGGAAUGCACGGUGUCUGGCACUCAGGAAUGCCCACCCACAGGCAGCUGAAGCAGAAGACUGUUUGGAGAUCUGGGGUCUGCAGAGCUUCCUUUGCUCUGGCAGCUCUAGGAAAUGCCCCACUUGUCCUUACCUACCUUCUCCUCUUACCUCGACUGUCUCCUGCCUUCUCUCGACAGCUCCCCAUUCUCUCCCCCUCAGGCUCCUUUGCUGCCCCUCUGGGGACCGCCAAACAUUGCUGGCCCUCUUUCCUGCCCUCUCGUGGCAGCUGAGGGGGUAGCAAUGGGACGAUGCCCUCCAAGGCUGGCUCCCUCCCACCUGCCUUGGCAUCUCCCCUGACUCCACCUUGGGUCAACAAGCCACAUGGAAAUGGAUGCAGAGUCCUCACUGUUGGCUGACACUCAGACUGAACUUGAGGUCACCCUUUGUGACCAAGAGCGAACAAAUCCACGCCGCGUCUAUUCUAUCAGAGCGUGUUUCUAUCUGCAUCUGUCAUUGCUGAUUGCAUUUGAAUGGGUUUAGUCUCUAUUUUAAAUAAAAGAUUUAUGCCUUAGCUGUCAGAGCCUGACUUCAUUUGAAAAUUUAAUCUUGUUUCUAGGAGUCUAAAUUAACUUAUUAGAUUUAGGCGUCCCUCAUGUGUCUCGGAGAGAAAAGGAGUAGAUUCUCCUCUGCAUACGGCCCUGUACAUGCCACACAGUGGAAGCCAAGAGCGAGAUGUGCUUCACCAUCCAGCGAACCAAGGCAGGACAGAAGCCACCGUCUUGGACAGUUUUAUUUGGUAUCCUUGUGUCCAGGAAGUGUUUUUCUGGGUUCCCAGGUCUCUGGGCCAGCUUCCCGACCAUUAGCUUGGGGGCCUGUGUUCCCUGCACCAAAUUUGCCCUUUCUCCAGAGUUUUGUGGAAGCCCCAGCAGAGACCCCCAGUGCGAGACCAACUGGUCAACCUUAGCUGCGCAAAGAAGUUCUGAGUUUCCUUCGUAUCUGUGUUGUAUCUUCUACCCUCUCAGAGCGCUCACUAGUUAGACCACAGGGUCAGAAGACCUGGGUCUGAGUCCGAGCUGUGUGACCUUGGGCAGGCCACUUAGCUUCCCUGACCCUCGGUCUCCUCAUCUGAAAGAUGGAGGCAACGUUAAUGCCCAUCUCAUAGGGCUGCUCUGUCUCUGAGUGAGAAAAUAGGGGGGAGGCUCUUAAGAGCUGCUCUCUAUAAGUGUGUAGCUACUUCAGCAGGUGUGGUAGGGGUGCACAUCCACCUCCUUUGGAGGUGAAGAUGUGGCUGCUCCAAGGGAGAAGUGUCUGCUUGGGGUCACAGCGUCUGUGAAUGGCAAGUGAAUGGCAAAGCUGGCCCAGAACCAGGAAUUCUGAUCCCAACCCAGUGCCGUGGGCUCUUCCCUCCUCCCCCCACCGACCCCACCCCCAUCUCUGUCUCUGUCUCUCUUCCUCUCUUUCCCUCUCUCCCUGUCUCUCUCUCUCUCUCUCUGCAGUAGACUAAAUUGUGCCUCCUAAAAUUCAUAUGUUAAAACCCUAACCUCCAAUGUGGCUGUAUUUGGAGAGAGGGUCUUUAGGAGCUAAUUAAGGUUAAAUGAGGUCACAAGGGUGGGGCCCUAAUCUGAUAGAACUGCCUGCUUUCUAUGAACAGGAAGAGCUCUCUCUCUCUCCCUCCCUCCCUCCCUCCCUCCCUCUCUCCACGAGCAUGCACUAAGGAAGGCCUUGUGAGCACAUAGUGAGAUGGCGGCAGCCUACAACCCAAGAGAAGAGGGCUCAGAAUGAAACCUGCCUUGCUGGCACCUUGACCUUGGACUUGCCAGCCUCCAGCCCUGUGAGAAAGAAAUUUCUGUUGUCAAGCCACCCAGUCUAUGGUGUUUUGUUAUGGCAGCCCAAACAGACUAAUAUACUGUCUCUCUCUGUCUCUGUCUCUGUCUCUGUCUCUCUCUCUGUCUCUCUCUUUCUCUCUCUGCCUCUGUCUUUGUCUCUGUCUGUUUCUGACUCUGUGUUUCUGCGUCUGUGUCUGUCUCUCUGUCUCCCUCCCUCUCUCCUCCCUCCCUCCCCAGCAGUCCCUGACGUUCCCGUAGCACUCUCGCCAUCUGCUGGUCAGUCUCAGGUUAGCAGGCAAGGUCCAGGGCAGCCCCUUCCUCUCUCUCUCUCUCUCUCUCUCUCUCUCUCUCUCUCACACACACACACACACACACACACUCCCUAGCCAAGGAUGGGAGCUGGACGGACUCUCACCACCCCGUCCUUUGCCCUCCCUCACACCCAAUAACCGGGCGCACCUCAGUUCCUGACACAUGAACAAACAUUUAUUUUUUGUUAUAAGCUCAGGACCACAACUGACCCAUCUCUUUACCGACCCUCACGCCCACCUACUCACUCAUUGCCUGGCACACAGUAGGUGCUCACUAAAUGUUCCUUGAAUGACUAAGGGAAGGCGCUCCCUUUUGAGAAUUUCACAAGUUCUCCUCUUUGGGGGCUCUGAGCUCAGGAAGGAGAAUGUCUCUUCGUCCUGGUGGGACCCCUACACGCUCACUCACGCGGGUAGUACCCACAGUCACACCCUGCACACAGUGCCAGGCACCACCUGCCCGGGCUACAAGGUGACAGAUUGGGAGCCUUGUCUCCUGCCUCAUUAAGUGACCUCACAGCCAACUCUGCAAGGCAACCUGGAGCAGGGGACAUGCAUCUCUUUGUUUGUCACUUGGCAAAACAACUCAAGGGGAAGGAAGAUAUAGUGACUGUCUCCAUAAUUCAGCUGUCUCAGCCUGGGAAGGAACCGUUAUCUAAGGGGGCUAAUUAAGAUGAAUCUAUCCAAGGGGAGAAGAAACCCCAGCUUCAGCUUUCUAACCUAGAGGCUUCUCCAUUACUCCAGUUCCUAAAUCAGUCCAGGGUGGCAGGGGAAGAGGAGGCUCCUGGCCCAGCAUGCUCAGCCAGGGUCCUUUCAUCCUCAUCAGGCCAGGACAAGGGCGAGGAGAGUGAGGAACUGGCCUGGGGCACAAGAUUUAAGGCAGUGCCACAAACAGGAUCGUGCAAGAUGGUGGAGCCUGAGGCAUGUUAUAGGCCUGCCGAAGGAGACCUAGAAGAUUCCAGGGGACAAAACCCUACCAUCUGAGUCAUCCAGGCCAGCAACCAGAGGCAGAGGGUUCAACAAAGCAAGAGUGUGCCACCUUUCCUCCCAAGGCAUGACCAAGGCUCCAUGAUGACAGAGCAAUCAGAGGACCUGAAGGAUUCCCUGCCCACAGAGAGGAAGCAUGUGUGGAGGACGGCCGAGGAGAGGCAGAUGUCAGACCUCACGCGGGUGUUGGAGUGGCUGGAGCGGUGGCAGGGGAAGAAGAAGCAAGCUCUCCAGAAGAACAAACCCAAGGUGGUGACGCUCUCUGCAGCACCUGUGAAGGAAGAAAAGAAAGCCAAAAAUGUCCAGAAACAGCAGGGAGGGAACCACCAGCCUGUAAUGUCUCUCCAGCUCCCCUCCCAGGCCUCAGGGCAAAGCUCCAGAAAGGACGGGGAAGCCUCCGCCCUACACCGAAGGCUCUAUGGAGUGGAAGCAAAGGGAAAACGCCUCAGCAGCAUGACCCCGGGCAACUACCCCAAGGAUGAGCCUAGAAAUUCAGACUUAGACAUCAAGGAUGAAAUCACCCAAGAGUCCACUCAGCUCUCAACGCCACACCAUCAACAAAGCAUCAUAGAACCCAUGUUACAGGAUGCUAUCUGUCCCACGAAGUCAACCCUCUUGCGAGAUUGGGUUGGCAAGACGCCCGACGCCUCCUACGAGCGUAAGCUGAAGAGCCUCAUGGAGAAGGGCAGCGAGCCCAGGAUGGAGCUGGUGAGGAUGCUGAAGCCGGAGGAGGUGCUGAGCUGCCGAUACGUGAGGUUGUCCAAGAACAACAUUCGAACUUUGCUCGAGCUGUGCAAGGAUGCAGGAAUGAACGUGGACAUCCACACCCACGUGGUGGAAGAAGAGAGAGAUGCUGAAAAGGUGUUCAACCAAAACAUCAGUGUAGCCCUCUAA